AUGUCCAACACAAGUUCCACAGCUCGUGCGUUAACCAUUACUAGCGUGAUCGCGGCGGUAUCGCUAACCGGUUAUGCUGUUUACUUUGAUUACAAAAGAAGAAGCAAUCCAGAGUUCAGAAAGCAAUUGAAGCAUAAGUUAAAGAAACAAGCUGAGAAGGAGAAAAAGGAGAAAGAUGAGGCAAAGCAAAUUAAAUUGGAGCUGGUUAGUCAACACUUGAGCAAAGAUUUGGCCAGCGAUCCGAUUUCCAUAAAUCCCGCUGACAGAGAAAAAGUAUUUACAUCAAAUGUUGAGCUUGGUGAGCGUUUAUCUAUGAGCCCUGGUAAAGAGCUGGAAUCGGCAGUCAAAUUCUAUAAAGCACUAAGCGUCUAUCCGAAUCCUGCGGAUCUGUUGGGAAUAUAUCAAAGAAGUGUUCCGGAGGCCGUUUAUGAAUAUAUCGUUAUGAUGAUUGCAGUUCUACCACCUGCGAAUAUUUCAACAUUUCUAAGUGGUUCAAAGGAUAAAGCACUAGCACAGGAGGCUGAGCUGGCUGCAAUGGCCGAAGUCAAUGAAAUUGUUGAAUAA